AAUUUUGCCCCUUUCAUUUCGUUAAUCUUCAAAAACCCUUUUCAUCAACACCAUUCGUUAAUUAACCAGAAAACGUAGCAGAAAUCUUUUUGCUUCUCAUGGAGCAAACACAAGACACGAAAUGAGGAUAGGAACAUAUAAUUCAUAGGAAAAAGAAAAAAGAAAAAAAAUCGGAUCUUUAGCACAAGAGUCUGCGCAGAGACGGCGAGACCCAGUGAAUGGGGAGAUGGGGAGCUGCCCUUAUACUCUCCACUAUCAAAUCUGCCUCCAAAUCGAUUAAAAUCCCUAAAAUAGGCCGAACCCAUUUUCAAGAAUUCCCAAAUUCAUCACCAAUUUCGAAUUAUUUUCUCCGUUUCAGGUCAUUUUCUGCCCUCCCAUCGCCCUCGCCGGACUUCGCUGAAGAAUUUGAUCUCAAGUUACAUUAUUUCGAUCAGAACAGCAUUGUGGAGGAAGAGGAAUUUACGGAGAACGAUGGUGCUGGGAGAAUCCCAGUUAAAGCUUUUUUUAUAUGCACCAGGGAUGCAGAGAAGUAUAGUUUAGGAAAGAAUAAAAAUGGGUUUCAAGUGAUAAAAGUCUCUGCGCCAUUAGUGGGUUUUUCGUGGAAUGCCGAAAUUCUUAUUGAUUUGAAAGGUUUGCAAGCUGAGAAUUCAAGAUAUUUCAUCCCUCCAACCUCACGCUCAUUGAAUUCUAUUGCUCUCAGGUUUUCUGAUUCCCACUGGAAAAAUAGAGGUGUGGUAGGAGAAAGUACGAGUGGCUACCGUUAUAUGGUCGUUUAUCAAUAUGGUUCGGCAGUGCUUUUUAAUGUGCCGGAACAUGAAGUUGACUUUUACCUGCAAGCUGUUAGUAGACAUGGUUCUGGGCUGCUUACAGAUAUUAGAAAAGAUGAUUAUGCCGUGAAAGAGAAGCCUUCAGCAGUCGAGGACAUGCAAGGAGGUCCAGAUUACAUUGUACUGAAAAAUCUCGACAUAGAUAGCAUUCGAAUUAUCAGUAGUGUGCUCGGCCAAAGCAUAGCUCUUGAUUAUUUCGUGUCGCAGGUUGAUGGUAUGGUUGAAGAGUUUGCAGAGAUAAAUCGGGGAAUGGAGAAAACGGGCACUUUCACGAUGACCCGGAAAAAGCUGUUUCAGCUUGUUGGGAAGGCCAAUUCGAAUUUAGCUGAUGUCAUUCUGAAAGUUGGUCUGUUUGAAAGAUCGGAAAUUGCUUGGAAAGAUGCGAAAUAUGCGCAAAUACUCGACUACCUUCGUGAGGAAUACGAAGUCACUCAGCGAUUUGGAAACCUUGAUUUCAAGUUGAAAUUUGUCGAGCAUAACAUUCAUUUUCUUCAAGAAGUGCUACAAAACCGGAAGUCGGAUUUGCUCGAAUGGUGCAUUAUAGUCUUGUUGGCCAUCGAAAACGUGAUUUCCGUGUGUGAGAUUGUUCGCGACACUAUGGAAUCUUCUAUCUGAAUUUAGAUUUAUACAUACAAUUCUUUUGCAGCAGCAAAAGUUGCUGCAGAUUUUGUUACAGUUUUUCAUUAUUUUGUCGAAAUAAUUUGGUUUGUUCAAAGUUCAAACCACACAAUUAGCACACAAUUAGCUCAGUUGUAGCCUAAAAUUUUUGCCCUUUUUUGUGAACUUUUUUCUUCCCUCGUCUAUAUUUGUAGUUGAUGAAUAGGUUGCCCAUAUAAUCAUCACCUGCCCAAUAUUUUUUACUCAAAACUCAAAAGUCAGAAGGACUUUAGAUGAAUGAAAUUUUAUCAAUCUAUUUUAGGGUGAAUGAAUGUUAUGUGACAG